CUACCACCUCCACUCAGUCCCUCCCUUCCUCGGUUUUUCUCCGUCGCAAUGGCGUCGACCAAAAAGUCCAAGACCCCCAAGGAGUUCGCCGCCGAUUUCAUGAUGGGUGGUGUCUCAGCUGCCGUCGCGAAGACGUCCGCUGCGCCCAUCGAGCGUAUCAAGCUCCUUGUCCAGAAUCAGGAUGAGAUGAUCAAGCAGGGUCGCCUGGCUACCCCCUACAAGGGUAUCGCCGACUGCUUUGCGAGGACGUACAAGGAUGAGGGUCUCGUCUCCCUCUGGCGUGGUAACACUGCCAACGUCAUCCGGUACUUCCCUACGCAGGCGCUGAACUUUGCGUUCAAGGAUUACUUCAAGUCCUUGUUUUCGUUCAAGCGCUCCGAGGGCUACUGGAGGUGGUUUGGUGGUAACCUCGCGUCCGGUGGUGCUGCUGGUGCCACAUCGCUGCUCUUCGUGUACUCGCUCGACUACGCCCGUACCCGUCUUGCCAACGAUGCUAAGUCGGCGAAGGGUGGAGGAGCUCGUCAGUUCAACGGUCUGGUCGAUGUCUACAAGAAGACUCUUGCCUCUGAUGGUGUUGCUGGUCUUUACCGUGGCUUCGUCCCGUCCGUGGUCGGUAUCAUUGUGUACCGUGGUCUCUACUUUGGUGUCUACGACUCACUCAAGCCUGUCGUCCUUGUUGGUGCCCUCGAGGGUUCCUUCCUGGCCUCUUUCGCCCUUGGUUGGGGUGUCACCACUGGUGCUGGUCUUGCUUCUUACCCUCUGGAUACUAUUCGUCGUCGUAUGAUGAUGACCUCCGGCUCGACGACCCACUACAAGUCGAUGUUCGACGCAGGUGCGCAGAUCGUCGCCAAGGAGGGUACCAAGUCGCUCUUCAAGGGUGCUGGUGCCAACAUCCUCCGUGGUGUUGCUGGUGCUGGUGUGCUUUCGCUCUACGACAAGCUCCAGGAGGUCAUGUUCGGCAAGGUCUACUCUGGUGGCUCUGGCUAAGCGUGGGGACGGUGUUGGACAUUACCGUAGUAGCUUCACUUAUUCUGCUCGCACGACCAUACACAUUAGAUACUCUGGUUAUAUUCAUCUGCCGGUAUUGAGCGCCGCCUCACUGGGCAGAGAAUACUUCUCGUGUUUGCGUAGUAGGCACGAAACGACGAUAUCCUACCGCGGUCCAUGUGCGAUG